CAUUCCUUGGUGAUAAAAAAAAGCCCUAAAAACCAAGCCCACAACUCCGUUGCCCAAGGUGAAACAAACCAACCCAAAACGACCUGUUUCGUUCCUCACAUCAACAAAACGAAACACUCCAAGUCAUCACAUUCACACCCCAGAUAGAAGAGAGAGAAAGAGAGAGCGUGUUUAAUAAGUAAGACUGUCAGCAAUUGUCAGGUGAAUUCAAACAAAGUUUCCAAAAUCCCGCUCACAAAAUUCAAAUUUCAAAUCCUACUUACCGUUACUCACAUCACUCCUUCUUCAUAAACCCUUCUUCUUCCUCCUUUCAUCGUUUUUUCAUUCUCCAUCUUUCAGACACCAUCUCUGUGUCUCUCUCUCUCUCCUCAGAAAUGCCUCCCAAAAAACAACCCCUUCAACCAUCCAUCACCACCAACAUACCUUCCGACAUGGUUCCCACCGCCGGAAAAACCAUCGAAGAAAUGUACCAGAAAAAAACCCAGCUAGAACACAUCCUUCUUCGUCCCGACACUUACGUUGGAUCCAUCGAAAAACACGAACAAACUCUCUGGGUUUACGACACUUCUGGUGAAAUGGUUAACAAAUCCGUCAGUUAUGUUCCUGGUCUUUACAAAAUCUUCGACGAAAUUCUUGUUAAUGCGGCUGAUAACAAGCAAAGAGAUCAUAAGAUGGAUCGAGUUGAAGUUGUUAUUAAUCAGGAGGAGAAUCUGAUUAGUGUUUAUAAUACUGGAGAUGGAAUUCCAGUUGAGAUUCAUAAGGAAGAAGGUGUGUUUGUUCCUGAAUUGAUUUUUGGACAUUUGUUGACUAGUAGUAAUUAUAAUGAUAAUGAGAAGAAAACUACUGGUGGAAGAAAUGGUUAUGGUGCUAAACUUACUAAUAUUUUCUCGACUGAGUUUAUUAUCGAAACUGCUGAUGGAAAGCGUCAAUUGAAGUAUAAGCAGGUGUUUCGCAACAACAUGUCUAACAAGGGAGAUCCUGUGACUCAGAAGUGUAAGGCUACUGAGAACUGGACUAAAGUAACCUUUCGGCCUGACUUGGCUAAGUUCAGUAUGACCCAUCUUGAAGAUGAUGUGGUUGCUUUGAUGAAGAAAAGAGUUGUCGACUUGGCCGGAUGUCUAGCUGCGUGUCCAGGGAAGAAAGUAAAAGUGUUUUUGAAUGGCAAAGAGAUUGAAGUGAAGUCAUUUCAUGAUUAUUCUCAGCUGUACCUGAAUUCUGCAAACAAUAAGAGAGAUAGCCCACUGCCCAGGAUUGAUAACAACUAUAAAGAAGAUUUGAAUCCAAGGUGGCAAAUCUCUGUUAGUCUUAGUGAAGGACAAUUCCAGCAGGUUAGCUUUGUUAACAACAUAAACACGAUCAAAGGUGGGACUCAUGUUGAUUACAUAACAAGCCAGAUUACCAAGUGUGUUAUUGAUGCUGCUAAGAAGAAGAAUAAAAACGCAAACCUCAAGCCACAUACCGUGAAGAACUACUUGUGGGUGUUUGUCAAUGCACUUAUUGACAACCCUGCGUUUGAUUCUCAGACCAAGGAAACUCUCACAACUCGUGCUAACAGUUUCGGGACUACAUGUGACCUCACAGACAAGUUCCUGAAGAGAGUGGUUGAAACUUCCGGUAUCGUGGAAAAUGUCCUUACAUGGGCAGAAUUUAAGCUGAAAAAGGAAUUCAAGAAAACUGAUGGUUCAAAGACUAGAAGGCUACUUGAUGUUCCGAAGCUAGAGGAUGCCAAUGAGGCUGGAGGUAGCAAGUCUCAUGAAUGCACCUUGAUCCUUACAGAAGGAGACUCGGCAAAAGCACUUGCAAUGUCUGGGCUUUCUGUGAUUGGCCGAAACUAUUAUGGUGUGUUUCCUCUGCGAGGCAAAAUGCUGAAUGUACGGGAAGCAAGUCCCAAGCAGAUCACAGAUAAUAUAGAAAUUAAUAAUCUCAAAAAGAUUCUUGGGCUCAAGCAGGGAGAGAAGUAUGACAAGGAAAACAGCAUCAAGUCAUUGCGAUAUGGGCAUCUAAUGAUUAUGGCUGAUCAGGAUCAUGAUGGUUCUCACAUCAAAGGGCUAAUUAUUAACUUCAUCCAUACAUUCUGGCCUUCAUUGCUGCGAAACCCUGAUUUCAUGCUUGAAUUCAUAACGCCUAUUGUGAAGGCAAUUCGUGGAAAUGGAAAGAACAAGGAGGUGAUAGCUUUCUAUACCAUGCCUGAGUAUGAAGAAUGGAUUAGAAACACAGGAAGUGAUCUUAAGAAGUGGACCAUCAAAUACUACAAGGGGUUGGGAACUAGUGAUGCCAAUGAAGGAAAGGAGUACUUCGCAAAUCUCGUGAGGCACAGAAAGAUUUUUGCCUGGGAGGAUGACAGCGAUGGCAGUGCAAUUGAGCUGGCAUUUAGUAAGAAGAGAAUUGAAGCCAGAAAGGAUUGGCUUCGAGAAGACGAGGUUGGGAAUUUCCUAGAUCAUAAAGAAGAAAAAAUUAAGUACAGCGAUUUUGUCCACAAGGAGCUGAAAUUGUUCUCCAGAGCAGACCUUCAAAGAUCAAUUCCAUCCAUGGUUGAUGGGCUGAAGCCGACACAGAGAAAAGUUCUUUUUGCUGCAUUCAAGAAGAACUUGGUCAAGGAGAUCAAAGUUGCUCAGUUCAGUGGUUAUGUAUCUGAGAAAUCAUCUUACCAUCAUGGUGAAGCGAGCAUUCAGAGUACCAUUGUUGGCAUGGCACAGACUUUCAUAGGUGCCAAUAACAUCAAUCUUCUCAUGCCUAAUGGACAGUUUGGUACACGUAACCUGGGAGGUAAGGAUGCUGCCAGUGCCAGAUACAUACACACAAGGCUUACAGAAAUCACAAGAUUCCUGUUUCCCAAGGAAGACGAUGUGUUGCUCACCUACUUGAAAGAAGACGGCUUGACCAUUGAACCUGUUUGGUACAUGCCGAUUAUACCAACAGUUCUUGUCAAUGGAUCUGAAGGAAUCGGAACAGGCUGGAGUACGUUUAUUCCCAAUUAUAACCCCAGAGACAUCAUUGCAAACAUCAGGCGUUUGCUGAAUGAUGAGCCGGUAGUGCCUAUGGAUCCAUGGUACAAUAGAUUCAAAGGAACGAUUGAAAAGACUGCAAGGAAAGAUAAUGGGGUCACUUACACAGUCACUGGAAUCAUCGAAGUAGUUGGAGAUGAAGAUGGUGAAGAUGUAACUCUCAGAAUCACUGAGUUGCCAAUUCGGAAGUGGACACAAGAUUACAAGGACUUUUUGACGUCACUUGCCAAGGAAGUGGAUAAGAAGGAACCAUUCAUUAAGGACUUGUGGGAUUACAGUACCAAUGACACAGUACAUUUUGAGUUUAUACUAAGUAGAACGAACUAUAACCUAGCCAAGCAGGAAGGUUUAUUGAAGAGGUUCAAGCUUACUAGUACUCUCAGCACUAGUAACAUGCACCUCUUUGAUGAAGACAAUAAGAUUGUUAAAUACGAUUGUCCUGAACAGAUUCUUGAGAAGUUUUAUCAUAUGCGGUUGGCAUAUUAUACUAAAAGAAAGGAAACAUUCUUGGAAAUAUAUCGAGCUGAGAUGGUCAAAUUGGAUAACCAAGUCAGGUUCAUCCUUGGAGUAGUUGAAGGAGAUAUUGUGGUGUGCAAGAGGAAAAAGGCAGAAAUUGUCAAUGAGUUGCGUGAGAAAGGAUUUAAUCCUAUGCCCAAGCAAAAACCUGUUGAGGCAGCUGUUGUAGGUGCUGAAGAUGAUGAAGAAACGGAAAGCACAGAGGGUCAGCAAGACACUCCUGAGAAUCCUGCAUCAACUGCACCGCAAUUGAGUGACUAUGAUUAUCUGCUUUCGAUGUCAAUUGGAAGCUUGACGAUUGAGAAAGUGAAAGAGCUCUGUGCCAACAGGGAUAAAGUCCUUGAACAAAUUGAGCAGCUGAAAAAAGAAACUGAGAGGUCCCUAUGGUGGAGGGAUCUUGAUGUUCUUCAGAAGGAACUUGACGAUAAGGACAAGAGAGAGGAAGAUGAGGCCAAUGAGUGUAUGACGAGAGUUGCAGCUUCUGCCCAAAAAGCUAAAAAGCCACGCAAGAAUAACAGGAAUGUGACCAAAGCCAAACCUGUCAGUGACACACUAAAUUCAUCCACUGUAAUGGAAACAGGACAUCCUCCGGAGCUAGUAAAGGGAAAAGGCAAGGCAGCCCCGAAGAAGGCUCCAGCUAAGAAGCAGGCAAAGCCACCCACUGUUGUGGAAGAUGAGGAAGAUGAUGACAUUCCUGAUCUAAGACAACGGCUUGCUGCCUAUCAGUUGGAUUCCUCUCCUGAAAAAGAAGCUGGAAUGGAAUUGGAUGCACCAAAACAUGCAGAUGCCAAAGUAGUCGAAGACAUCUCAGAUGAUGAUGGCAACUUUGAGCCUGAAUUUGCAGAACCUGUGAAGAAAGGAAGGGGUAGAGCUGCUGCAGGAACAAAGAAAAGAGGGGCAGCCAGUAAGACAUCACAGGCAGGACAAAAGCUGAUAACUGAUAGCUUCAAAGCUUCAGAUACAACAGACACAUCACCUGAGGCGAAGGUAAGGAGGAUGAGGCCUUCUCCUUUCCAUAAGAAAAGUGGGUCUGUUUUGAACAGAAUGGAAGAAGUAGAGCCUAAUUCUGAAGACAACAAUAAAGAGAAUUCUUUGGAUACCAUUAAUGAAGUUAUGCCGUCAAGACCUAGACCACAACGGGGGAACAGGAAACCGAUAACAUACGUUCUGAGCGACAGUGAUGAGUCUCAGCAGCCAUCUGACAGUGAUGAGUCUCAGCAGCCAUCAUCUGACAAUGAUGAAGAUUCCGAAUUUGAAUAGGCAAUGCAAAUAUAGGAAAAUAUGCUAGUUUUCCAGCUUGUAGUCAAUCAAAUGCUGUUGUGGAAUUAAGUACUUUUUGGUGCUUAUGAAAUGUUGUAAAACAAUAUUUCAGAAAAUUCAUUAGUUGUCUCAAUAAAAAGCUUCGCAAAAACUGAAGAUGAAUUUCACAAGUUUUUAA